UCGCCGGUGGUGAAGACGGAGACCAUCAGCUUCAGCAGCCUUCCUGCUGGUGGGGAAAGCCUGGAGAUCUCCACCAAGGAAGUGCCAGUCGUCCACACUGAAACAAAAACCAUCACCUACGAGUCCUCUCAGGUGGACUGCAGUGCUGACUCAGAACCAGGGGUGCUGAUGAGCGCCCAGACGAUCACCUCAGAGACCACCAGCACCACGACCACCACCCACAUCACCAAAACUGUGAAAGGAGGCAUCUCAGAGACAAGGAUUGAGAAGAGAAUAGUCAUCACAGGAGAUGCAGACAUCGACCACGACCAGGCGCUGGCUCAGGCAAUUAAAGAAGCCAAAGAGCAGCACCCUGACAUGUCAGUGACCAAAGUAGUGGUACAUAAAGAGACAGAAAUCACACCAGAAGAUGGGGAGGAUUGACCACAGGUAA